CUUUGUGCCGUCGCUCAGCUGUUGUUCCAGGUUGUCUGCUCUCUGCUCCUGGCAGUUGGCUGGGCGACAUUUGUCCUUCAAAUUUUCAUUUUCUGAUUAGCAACAGCUGCCUUGGAGAAACGCCACACACGAUGGCCUUUCUCAGGCAUUUAGUCACCCGCAAAGUUGGGGUGCUUCAGCCGACUUUCCUGUACAACAGCGCACGUCAAGCGGGCAUACAGUACAUGGACGACUUCAUCCCCGGCCCCUAUCCCAAAACGGAAAAGGAAAGACUUGCAGCUGCUAAGAAAUACGGGCUGCUUCCUCAUGAAUACAAACCAGUCGCAGACGAUGGAUGGGGUAAGGGAGAUUAUCCCCAUCUACCUGAUAUUGGAGCAGACUCCAAGGAUCCAAACUAUCCAUGGGAUUAUCCAGAAUUUAGAAUUAACUAUGGUGAACCUCUACACCACAACUUCGAAAUUUAUGGUGAAGAUCGUUUAGACCCUGCCAAGGAUUGGGGUAUUUCAAAGACGGAUAUGGUGAAAUAUUUUGUUGUGACUAUGGCCCUUGCGGCUGCAAUUGCCCUACUGGCUGAUCCAUAUCCUAUUCACAGACCUGUGUGUGAGAAGCAGUACCCACUGCCUGGUAAAGUUCACUAUUCUUUUGAAAGACCCUAGAAGGCAACCCUUUUAGUCAAACAGAUAUCAACUAAAGCAAAACAUGUGAGAAAAUUCCAUAGUAUACUGUUUAUUUAAAAGAAAGGGGCUGUAUUUGUUUUGUAAAUGUCUAUGUGGGAUACCUCUUACUUAUUUAUGAAUUACAUAAAAUUGUUGCCAUGUU